UUUCCUUCCUCCCGCCUGUAGAUAGCGGCGGAGCGGUGCUGCAGUGGCGCCAUUCUUGCGGGUGGAACAAAAUCCCGGCCUGGAAUUUUACUUGAUGGACCGUUCCGCGCCAACAUUCCGUGUUUUCCACUUUCUGCUACUAGGAAGUGGAGAGAAGCAUGUUUAUGAGUUUAAAGCAGGAGGAGAGGAGAUGUUAUGGAGCUUCCAGAGGAGAUUCUUGCUCAUAUCUUCUCUUUUCUGCCCCUGUGGGAUAAAUGUAAUGCUUUUACAGUCUGCAGAAGAUGGAACAGCACCAUGACAUACCCCAGCGCGUGGAGGCAGACUGAGAUCAGGUGUGAUUCUGAAGUUGGUGUUCCUGAGAGGUUCUCUGAAUUCCUGCCGCUGGUCAGAAACCUGAAGCUGAGCGUCAGCGUGUCGAGUCCGGAGAACCGGAGGACCGGGCUGGAGGUUCUGCGUCAGGCGCUUGCGGGGGGCGACGGGCGGCUGCGGGCGCUGUGCGUGAACUGCCUGGGGAACCCACCGCUGUUCUACGCGGGGCAGGACCUGCUGCAGGGGCUGCUGGACGCGCUGACCGCCGCCUCCUCCCUCACCGAGCUGGACCUGAGAGGCGUGCCCUUCACCCUCAGCGACGCCUUCGUGAAGGGCGUGGUCACGCUCUGCCCCGCCCUCCGGAGUCUCUUCAUCAAUAACGGGUCUCUGGUUUGCGGCGUCGGGGGCGAGACGGUGAGGGACGUCCUGAGGCUGUGCCCGGGUCUGACCGCGCUGGGGGUCUUCCAGGCCAGCCUGUCUCAGGACGUCCUGCAGGACCUGCUGCUGCCCCGGAGACCGGCGCUGAAGCAGCUGGAGCUGCGCUGUGAGCGCUCGUUGAAAUACACCACGCCCCUCCCCGACCACACCUGGGCGCAGGUGAGCCGCAUGCACCCGGCGCUGGCGGUGGACCUCGAGCUGGACCACACCCUCCCGGAGCUGCACGUGCCGUCCGUCCUGCAGCCCAGCAUCCCCGUGCGCCACCUGCGCCUGCUCACCUGGACGUGGCUGCUGGACGAGGUGCGGCUGGUAGGGCGGAGUUACGCUAAUACGCUGGAGGCCCUGGAGGUGCAGACCACGCCCUCUGCGGAGCUGAACGAGGCGCUGGUGGAGCUGGCGACGCGGUGCACGAGGCUGCGGGAGGUGCACUGCUACUGCGUGGUGUCGCCGGAGGUCGUGGCGGCUUUCCGGAAGCACUGCACCGAUCUGCGCAGAUACACACUCAAAACACGCAAAGAGCCACACCCCUGGACCUGCACCUCCCUCAGAUAACACACACACACAGGUGCACAGGUGUGUCUGAACUACACGACACAACACAAAGAGCUCAGGUGCAAUAAAUAAAAUAAAUAUGAAUGUUUUAACUGCUGUACCUGGAUGAUUCAGGACAAAUAAAUACACGCACAGCAUUGUUUUCCAUUUUCAUUUGUUUCCAUUGUUGAUUGUUUUGAUUUUGUUGUUGUUUAUACCAAAUAAUUAAUAGAUCAUUUUAAACGAAAAAAAAUAAUCUAUAGGUCAACCAUCGUUUUUAAAGAUAAGAUAAGACAGUGUAAGUUAAUUACAUUAUUAACUUUGUACAAUAAUAAAUGCACAUGAGCUCAGGAACAUGUGAUAAUGGUGA